GUGAGGAGCAUCAGACAGAGAGAGAGAGAGAGAGAGAGAGAGAGAGAGAGAGAGAGAGAGAGAGAGAUCGGGGAGUCCGAGAAGAAGCUGAAACUUCGCUGCAGACGCUCCAGCACAGUAAACAAUGAACGCCGCGGCCGCCGCCACCUGCCUGCUCGUCGCCGCCCUCAGCUGCUACCUCUACGGCAGCGAUGUGAUGGUGUCGCUGCUCCGUGUCUCCGUUGCAGACCUCUCCAUGCCCGAGCCCGGAGCUGCUCCGCGGCGGAGCCCGCAGGGAGUCCCCUACGCCGACCUGCAGCACAUCGUCAACGCCGACGGACUGCACCUGUUCUGCCGCUACUGGGAGCCCGCCGGCCCGCCAAGGGCUCUGGUGUUUAUUGUGCACGGGGCCGGGGAGCACUGCGGCCCGUACGAUGAGAUUGCACAGAGACUGAAGGAGCUGUCCUUGCUGGUAUUUGCACACGACCAUGUUGGCCAUGGUCAGAGUGAAGGCGAGAGGAUGAACAUUAAAGACUUCCAGGUUUAUAUCAGAGACUCCCUGCAGCACAUUGAUCUGAUGAAGUCCCGUCACCCUGACCUGCCCAUCUUCAUCGUGGGUCACUCCAUGGGUGGCGCCAUAUCCAUCCUGACAGCCUGUGAGAGGCCUAGUGAUUUUGCUGGCGUGGUUCUGAUCGCUCCGAUGGUCCAGAUGAACCCAGACUCGGCCACGCCGUUCAAGGUUUUUCUGGCGAAGGUCCUGAACCACAUGCUGCCUAGCCUCACGCUGGGCUCCAUCGAGUCCAAAUGGGUCUCACGGGACAAGACGCAGGUGGAGGCGUAUGACGCAGACGAGCUGAACUUCCACGGCGGCAUGCGGGUGUCGUUCGGCAUGCAGCUGAUGGGGGCGGCGGCACGUAUCGAGAGGGAGAUCCCGUCCAUCAGCUGGCCCUUCCUGCUGCUGCACGGCAACGCCGACAAGCUCUGCGACAUCAGAGGCUCCAGGAUGAUGCACGAGAACGCUCCGAGUACAGACAAGAAACUCAAGGUGUACGAGGGAGGCUACCACGCCCUUCACCACGACCUCCCAGAGGUGGCAGAGUCCGUGCUGAAAGAGGUGACCAGCUGGAUCACAGAGCGCCUCCCUGCCACGACAUCGCCACAACCGCAAGGCUCCUAGAUAUGUGACUCGGUCAACCCCCGUCAGUGGUCCAAGGCAACAGCCAGCCUUGACCCAAGAGGCCCGCUCACUUUCCAUAAGUCAGUCAGGCAUAACAAUACUACUACACUCUCUGGUAUGAGAAAUAUAUUUGGGCAUAUAGACUGACAUUAUUUUUUCCAUGUAAAAACUUUACUGACUUCAUCCUCCUUCCUCUCCUAUGUACCUAUCAAUCAGCCUAAGUUGCAUUGGUUUAAAUUGGAUGGUGGGGGGUCAGAAGCCACUUCUUGUUGUAACUGGUUAGGCUUUCUGCAAAACUUAUCAGGGAUGUAUAUUUCAGGCAGGCUGCACUAAAAUGCACCUAAAGUAAAGUAAAUUUUAAGCUAUAGUAUGCAGGGGUUCAGAGUGCAAUAAUGAAGUUUCCAUCUGCUUGUUUAUACACACAGACCAGAUCAUUUAAGUAGUAAUGACAAAUCUGCACGGGGGCAUUUCCUUUCGGCUCAUCCACCACUCACAGACAGGUCAGAGGUCAGGAUCAGCUGGAGGACAGCACCUGUGGAGCUGCUGUAGGAUCAGUGCAGGGUGAAAGGUGAAAUGCUAGACCCUCACACUGCUUCACAGUGUCAGUAGAUAUGGAUGGAUUCAAAGCUCACAUUCAGUGAAACAGGUUUGUUGGCGUUUACUUGCAAGCAGUUUCCAUUCGUAGUUCAGGUUUGGUGGCUCAGGAAGAACCGUUAUCUUCUCAGAAAGCAUCCACAAACUCUCUUCAAAAUCUUUUCUGCCUCCUCUGCCUUCUCGUUGAUUGCAUCGUUUUACAAAUUAUCUGAAAUACCACAUUUGAUAAGGGCAAUUCUAGUAGAAACCUAUACUGUACGCACAUUUGACUCUGUGUAUACGUUUAUAAUGAAUCGUCUCUUCUCGUGACUUCUGAAUGUCCCUUUUUUACUUACCACUGAUACGAAAUCCUUCUAAAUUCAGCUUGAGGUCUAUUUCAAAUCCAACUCUAAUAAUUAUAUUCAUUUGGCAAGUUGUUUUGCAAUUGUGUAAUAGAUCCUGGCAAAAUAUCUGCGAUAUUUUAAUUUUUAUUUUUUAUAUGCAAAUGAGGGGACCCCUGGACACAAUAUUUUCAUAUUAAGUACUAUGAUUUUCAGUGAGCGUAUUUAAGAAUGUAGGGAAAUGAAGAGGAGGCAAAUUAACCAGGUGAAGCUGCUCUGUCUCUCUGCAGGUGGGAAUUAGACGAAGGGGGCAAAAGUCAUAAGGUCUCUCCUCUGUGUGACCUUUGACCUUUAGCGUCACAGUUGACUUCACUGUUAGGGUCUUUCUCUGGAGGCAUAACUCCAUUAAGCUCAGCCUGCAGACAGGGGCCCAGCUGGAGAACGAGAGAGAACACAUCGCUCUGUUACUGUGGACAAAAGAGAAAACUCUUUUCAUCCAAACACAUCCUGAAGUAAUAUGGCUGCAUAGUUUCUUAGCAUGGGUGGCCACUGCAGGAGUCCAAACCCUAUCUCAGAACAUUUUUUUAGAAAACAGGAUGUCCUAUCGCAUAGAAUGAAUAACAUUACAGAAAGUGCCAUUACUGCAAAUGAAUUGGCUUCAAAAACGCCAUUGUGGACUGCACCUAAGUGUUUUCAUGUUAAAAUCAUCCAGUUUAGAUAGUAGAUAUACUGGAUGGAGGGAAAGACUUACACAUGAUGGCUACUUUACAGACUGAACUUAGUAUUUCUCAAACUCAAAUUUUGGGGGAAGUUUCUAAAAAUCACAUUUUAUACCUGUUAACUAGCAAACAGGAAUAGUGCAUCAUCUGUUUUUCGAUGUUUCCAAAGUACAUUCUGAGAGUGCCAGCAGCUGUGUUCAACACUUGGAGUCAAACCUGGCUUCUAAUAGGUUUUCAGUGAAGCCAUAUAGCAAUAAUGUCACAGUAGCCUAUAUUUUUGGUAGCUGUUAAUUAUAAACUAGAGAGAAACACACUGAGCUCACCUUUUUAUAUUGUCAGGCAGUCUGUAAUUAGCAGAUACUGCUGCACACGCUAAGCUUUUUCCACCUGCACAUCAAGCAGCAGAAAGUUUCAGCAGCAUGAGUCAAGAGUUUUCAGGUUGCGUGUGUUCAUCCACCCCAACAUCAAACCUGGAAAGGGGUCGAACAUUUCGAUGUUUGUGGCAAAUCAGGCAUACAGCAGGUGUCCAUCUGUGGGCUCCCGGCAUCAUUCAGGUCCAGCUCUUGGGAGGAGACUCCACUGUGUCACCCUGGCUUUCUAGGGUUUUUAUUCAUUAUCGCCCAGAGUUCAAAGAGACUCAUGCAGAGAGAGAAAGGGAAGCAUGGAGCAGUAUCCACGGUGACCAUUACUCAUGUGUAACCACGGCAGCAGGCCAGCAGCACGGUAGAAUUGUUUUUAUUACGUUUUACAUGUGUUGUAACCAGGGUGAUCACAACAAGACUGAUAGAAUGAGAUGAAUUUCAGGCUUCAUGCCUGCUCUGUCUUUCUUUUGUGCUUUCUAACUUUCUAUUUCCUCACUCUUACCCUCUCUCCCUCUCCCUAUCUGCCCCGUGUCACCCUGUUUAACCAUUUUUUUUAGUUGCUGUGGUGACCAGCGCUCUUUGUUCUGUCCAUCACAGAGCCCCUUGUUCUAUUGCAGAUUCAAACAUCUUGUACUGUCAGCCACCCACGCUGCCCCUAGUGGUAACUCAUCAGAACAUGUUACAUUACAUUUUUACUGUUAUUUUGGCCCCUGAGCUGCCACUUAUUAAACAGGGGACAAAUUACUUAACCUGCAACUGACUCUGCUCAGCUUAAUGCUGUAUCUUAGCCACUAAAUGACUUCAGGGAUGUACAAAAGCUGACAUUUCUGAGUCUGUGUGCAAGACUUUGACCUAAAAAUGCCUGCCUGCUGACACUUUUCAGCUCCAGCAAGUGUUUUGCUAUUAUCAAUUUUUAUCAUCUCUGCAAGCCAUUCCCUGAUCUUGGUGCUGAGUGAGCCUGCUGGGUUGAAAGUAGAACAAGGCAACUUUAUAUCACAAAUUCCUUCAUAAAGCACAAUUCAAAGUGCUUUUCCCUAAAAAGAAAUAAACCAUAAGAUGUUAAAAACAUAGAAACACAUUUCAAAGGUGUUAAAAGGAAAACAAGAGAGAAAUAAAUAGAAAAUUCUCAGGCAUCAGAAGACAUUUUGCCAAAAAAUAUCAGGUUGCAUUGCCAUUGGUUCAGACAUAGAUGGAGAUGUAAUGUGUUCAUCAUUUCCAGCAAGAGUAGGACCCUUAACCUCAACCAGAACUGCAGGGGUUUUUAUCACGAGCACUUCAAACACAAUGUAGUCCUGAUUGGGCUGCAGCAGGCACAGCACACACAAAGGCUGCACAGUCCCAGUUGUAUUCAGACUCCCAAUAGCACCCCUGCUAUGUAACAGUAAAUUUCAAAAGCUCUACCUGUCAGACUACAUGAGUGCAUAUUACCGCUAUUGCUAGCUAUGGGGGUGGAGAGAGGUGGAGAUGGAGUGAGAGGAGAAGAGAUAGAAAAAGACAGGAGAGAAGCUGUCAGUAACCAUGGCAGCAUGCCCCCCCUCCACUGAAAUCAGCCAGUGAAAAUUGUGUAUUUGUUAAUGGUGCAGGAUGUAAAGCAGACAUUGCUGCUCUUUCAGAGCUGCUUGUUCAUUUUGCUGCUCUGAGGAUUCCCUUUUGUGUGAGCAUUGAGAUAAGAGCGAACAAUUACCAUCAUCAGUUCACAGUGAAUAAUAAGAGCUGCACACACUCACCGAAUUCAAAUCAGACUGGUCUGCUGUUUGUAGUAAAAACACUCUAUUUCUAUUUUAACAAAGAAUGAUUUCUUGCCCCCAGCUGUCUCUUAUCUUGAUUGAAAAGUACUGGACGAAUGAGUAAUAUUAAGGAGGAAUCCUGCACUUUUCCACUAUAUUUUAUUCCUACUCACCUGUUUUAAAGGUGUGUAAUCCCUGACACAAUCCUCACAUCUUAUAAAGCCUUGUACUGUCAGCCUCGCCUGUCCAUGCCUGGCAUGUAUAUUUAAAUAAGCAUGAAUUGUAUGCAGGGUUGCCAUACUGAGAGAUAGCCAUGUGUGGAUGCAUUACUCUGUUAAUAUGUAAUAACCCACUUGACUGUUAUUAUAUUUUUUAUUUCUGACAGAACGAGGCAGGAACUGCUAAAUCGAGUUGGCCUGUGGCUUUUCUAACAAAGCAAAAUUCAUUUGGCCUGUCGGUUUGUCAAUGGGGCCAUUGUUGUUUUUUUAAACUCGACUUUAUGACUGUUCCUAAGAAAAAAGCUGUUAUAUAUGAUUGGGGGACUAAUGGGUCUUUCUGUAAUUUUAUGAGAUUAAAGUACACUGGAAAGAUUCAGUGCAAGGUUUGCAUGAAUAAAGUCUCGAGUGUACAGCAAGAACAGAAGAGGUCUUCUCCAAAAUGCUGUGAAUGCAUGAAAAAAUGAGUUAACGCUCUAUAUUAGGGUACACAUUUUCAUUAUUAACUAGGUGCUUAUUAGCAUGCAUAUUGCCACUUAACUUCCUCACUGGCUAUCAAUAAGCAUUAAUGUUAAUUCUUAGUUUAUGGCCUAGUAGUUGUAGAAUACGGUCAUGCAGAAUAAGGCAUCUCUAAGCCCUUUAUAUUGACUGAUAAAGAGCCAAUAUGCUACUAAUAUGCAGGCUAAUAAGCAACUAGUUCAUGGUGAAUAUGUGUAUGUUAAUAGAAAGUGUUCAAUUGUACCUGAAGCUCAUCAUCGUGUCUGUAACAUACAAAAGAUUCAGUUUGUUGUGAAGUGUGAUAGUCUCCUCCACUGAGAUCUUAAGUCAUACCCAAGUUCAAAUAUUUCACUGUUGCAUUUUGGAAGAAAACAGUUAAAGUCUUGCUGACUUUAUCAACAAUGUUGAUUGGAUUUUUUUUUCUAAUGGCCAGACUGCUUGAUUACUGAACUUAAUUGUAAUACACUGUUUAAUAGCAUAGCACUGCUAACAACACUUUGUGGAAAUACAUAAAUCAAGACAGUGAUGUAUCUUUUAUUUAUCUUGUUUAGAGUAUUUAUAGGAAUUGAUAUUUCAUAUAGGCCUCUAUAUAUUGAUUACACAUCAUGACAAGGCACUUUUUGUACCAUAAACCAGUCAUAUUAUGUAAUUUUUACUGAUGCUCAGCUACAUGAUGCUCCAUAAUACUUUUUGAGAUGGAAACUGGUUCAAGGUUGUAUGUAUGUACAGUUAGCAAUCCCAAAAAUGUUUGACAGAUGUAUGCUGUGGUUUUGCACAGAGAGUAUUUUACUACUGUCUGUUUAAGUUGGUGUUGUGUUGAAAAAAAACUCAAGUCUUGUUGCAGUUUGUCACAGAACUAUGAAUGUUUAAACCAUCUGAUCUUAAAAUGUUGGUAACUGGAUCUUAACAACCAGGGUUUUUGCUGCAAAUUUGGAAAACUCUUGGGCUUCUUUCCCCAAAUUUGCUCUUCAGGAACUUCCUUCCACAUCUCUCUCUCUCUCUCUCUCUCUCUCUCUCUCUCUCUCUCUCUCUCUCUCUCUCUCUCUCAUAUCUCUU